GUUUGAUAGAGGGCAACGGGCUGUAGUGCUCUUUGUGUGUAUGUGGUAGUGUUGGAGCGGAGAGCCUCUAUGCCCACUGGAGUCUCCCUCUGCUCUGAAGUUCACUCCGCCCCCGCCUGCUUCAGGCUGGCGGCGCUGUGCAGCUCUCCUCCUCCUCUCCUCCUCUCAUCUGCCUCUCCAAAUUCAGCGCGCUCCACUUCUCCUCUCCUCUCUAGCCGUGUGCCUGUGUACAGACGGACCUACCGACCGCGUAAAUACGCUUUUAUCUCUCAAUAGACGGACAAUAAGGACACAGAUGUCUCCAUUAUUCACUUUAGGAGCGUUUCCGCACUGAACUGAAUUACCGGUACAUUCAUCACGCCUUCGUUUUCUCACCAUUUUAAAUGAAAAAAAUGACAUUGGCGUGGAAUUGUGGUGGACGGUUUUACUUGAAAGUGUGGACGUGCUUUUUCAGCCUUGCAGUGCUCAGGACUCACUCUAUACCUGCUAAUGAAGUGAACUUACUGGACUCUCGCUCUGUCAUGGGGGACCUUGGGUGGAUAGCCUACCCAAAGAAUGGGUGGGAGGAGAUAGGUGAGGUAGAUGAGAACUAUGCUCCGAUCCACACGUACCAGGUGUGUAAAGUGAUGGAACACAACCAGAACAAUUGGCUCCAGACCAACCUCAUCCUCAACGAGGGGGCUCAGAGGGUGUUCGUGGAGCUACAGUUCACCCUGAGGGACUGUAACAGCCUUCCGGGUGGCGUGGGUACCUGCAAGGAGACCUUCAACAUGUACUACUAUGAGUCUAACGACGAGGAGGGGAGGAACCUCAGGGAGAGCCAGUACUCUAAGGUAGACACCAUCGCUGCUGACGAGAGCUUUACGGAGUUAGACCUGGGAGACAGAGUGAUGAAGCUGAAUACAGAGGUUAGGGAUCUGGGACCGUUGACGAAGAAGGGGUUCUACCUGGCGUUUCAAGACCUGGGAGCCUGUAUAGCGCUGGUUUCUGUCAGGGUGUUCUAUAAGAAGUGUCCCUUCAUAGUGAGGAACCUAGCUCAGUUCCAGGACACUAUUACAGGUUCGGACUCCUCCCAGCUGCUGGAGGUGGCAGGAAACUGUGUCAACAACUCGGUGGCGGAGGACCUACCCAGGAUGCACUGCAGCGCAGAGGGGGAGUGGCUAGUGCCCAUCGGGAAGUGUGUGUGCCAGGCAGGGUUUGAGGAAGUGAAUGACAGUUGUCAAGUCUGCAGAGCGGGAUUCUUCCGAUCGGUGCUGCAGACCCCUGCCUGCAGUAAAUGUCCUCCUCACAGCUUCACCAGAGUCCAGGGUUCCGUAGGUUGUACCUGUGAGGAAGGAUACUAUAGGAGAGACAGUGACCCGCCCAACAUGGCCUGUACACGACCACCUUCUGCUCCUCGUAAUGCCAUUUCCAAUGUAAACGAGACGUCGGUCUUCCUGGAAUGGGCGGUUCCCGAGGAGACUGGCGGCAGGAAGGAUGUCAGCUAUAACAUCCUGUGUCGUAAGAUCAGCGUUGACAGCAGACGCUAUGAGGAGUGUGAGAGCACGGUGCGGUUCCUGCCCCAACGCAACAGUCUCAGGAACAACUCUGUGAUGGUGGCAGACCUUCUGGCUCACACUAACUACACGUUCGAGGUGGAGGCCGUCAAUGGAGUGUCUGAGCUCACCAACCCCGGACGACAGUUUGUCUCUCUCAACGUCACCACCAACCAGGCAGCCCCGUCUCCUGUGAGUGUGGUGCGGAAAGGGAAUUCUGGGAAGAACAGUAUCUCUGUGUCGUGGCAGGAGCCAGACAGACCCAACGGGAUAAUCCUGGAGUAUGAGAUCAAAUACUUUGAGAAGGACCAGGAAACCAGCUACACCAUCAUCAAGUGCAAGGAAACAGAAAUCGUAGCUGACGGGCUGAAGCCAUCAUCAGUCUACGUAUUCCAGAUCAGAGCCAGAACGUCAGCCGGGUACGGAGGAUUCAGCCGACGCUUCGAGUUUGAGACCAGCCCCUACUUAGCUGCAUCCAGUGACCGGUCUCAGUUCCCCAUCGUCGCUGUGGCCAUCACUGUAGGGGUUAUUCUACUGGCCCUGGUGACUGGCUUACUGCUUAGUGGAAGGCGGUGUGGCUACAGCAAGGCCAAGCAGGAACCUGAUGAAGAGAAGAUACACUUCCACAACGGCCACAUUAUGUACCCGGGGGUGCGUACGUAUAUAGACCCCCACACCUACGAGGACCCCAACCAGGCCGUCCAUGAGUUCGCCAAGGAGAUCGAUGUUUCCUGCAUCACCAUUGAGAGAGUCAUUGGCGCUGGUGAGUUCGGGGAGGUGUGCAGCGGACCCCUCCGUCUGCCUGGUAAGAAGGAGUUCCCAGUAGCCAUUAAGACCCUGAAGGCAGGUUACACAGAACGACAAAGGCGGGACUUCCUAGGGGAGGCGUCCAUCAUGGGACAGUUUGAUCAUCCAAACAUCAUCCACCUGGAAGGCGUGGUCACCAAGACAAAACCUGUGAUGAUCAUCACGGAGUACAUGGAGAAUGGAUCACUAGACACCUUCCUCAAGAAGAACGAUGGCCAGUUCACAGUCAUCCAGCUGGUUGGGAUGUUGCGUGGUAUGGCGUCAGGCAUGCGCUACCUGUGUGACAUUGGAUACGUGCACCGGGACCUGGCGGCGCGAAACAUCCUGGUCAACAGCAACCUGGUGUGUAAAGUGUCUGACUUUGGCCUGUCCAGAGUCCUGGAGGAUGAUGCUGAGGCUGCAUAUACGACCAGGGGCGGUAAAAUCCCUAUCCGCUGGACAGCUCCAGAAGCGAUAGCGUUCAGGAAGUUCACCUCCGCCUCUGACGUGUGGAGCUACGGCAUCGCCAUGUGGGAAGUGAUGUCAUACGGAGAGAGACCCUACUGGGAGAUGAGUAACCAGGAUGUUAUUAAGGCAGUUGAGGAGAGCUACCGUCUUCCUGGCCCUAUGGACUGUCCUGUAGUUCUGUACCACCUGAUGAUGGCCUGCUGGCAGAAGGACAGGAACAGCAGACCCAAGUUUGAGGAGAUCGUCUGUCUGCUAGACAAACUGAUACGCAACCCCAGCAGUCUCAAAGCCCUGGUCAACUCAUCACACAGGGUGUCUAAUCUAGUGGAGCCUGGCAGUGUGGACUCGGAGGGCAGCGUGUCUGCGUCAGUAGCCCUGAUGGAGGCCAGUGGGUACCAGUCUAUAGAGGAGUGGCUGAAGGGGAUUAAGAUGGGUCGCUACGUGGAGCUUUUCAUGGACAGUGGAUACACCUCAGUGGAAGUGGUCUCCCACAUGACCCUGGAUGACCUGAGGAGGGUUGGAGUGAACCUGGCUGGACAUCAGAAGAAGAUAAUCAACAGCAUCCAGGAGAUGAGAGUUAGCCUGGUGAAUAAUACUAUACCCAUCUGACCUCUAAUCCCUUACCCGACAGCCAGAUGUACAGUAUGGGCACUGCAGUACCAAUCUGACCUUUGAACCUAGGGUCAGACAUGAUGAACUUUACAGGACCAAUCUGACCACUGAUAGAGGCCAGAUGUAUGAACUUUACAGGACCAAUCUGACCCUACUCCCAACAGGCAGACAGAUAGACCUAUGGAUCUAGUGGUCUAGAACUUUCUAUGAACAUAUGAACAUGAUGUAUUUAUUGACUGAAACAAACUGAAACACAACGGGAUGUGACUUGAUGAACUGAGGAACACUGAAGAGCGCUUGGUGUUGAACAGUUGUGUCUUCGUGACCUGAACCCCUCUGCUGGGUGGAGUGAGAGGAGCAGACUCUGUGUAGUUAAGUACUCUCAGGGAUGGAAGUCACUGGCCAGCCGAGCAAGUAAACAGUGAAUUAUACAAGUCCGGGUAAAAUUCAGUUCCAAAAUCUGUGCCAUGUUUUAAAAUACCAUCUUGUUUGGCACAUUUUCUCCUAGUCCAGUCUGAAGAGCGCUAGCUGAGUACUCUUCCUGGAUGGGACUCAGACAGGGGAGUCAGUCUCUUGGCUGAAUGUACGGCACUUCAGAAACCCCAGCAGCUACACACACAGUCUAUUACCUCUAGACAGCCAACCCACAUUACUUCAACAUCAUCAACAGUAAUACAGAGGAUAACUUUCAGCACUUUUACGGAACCCACAGAUAUCCUACGGAACCCAUAUACAUCCUACGGAACCCAUUUACAUCCUACGGAACCCACGGAUGUCCGACUGAACCCACUAAUGACCUAUAGAACCCACAGAUGUCCUACUGAACCCAUUUACAUCCUACGGAACCCAUUUACAUCCUACAGAACCCACAUACAUCCUACGGAACCCACGGAUGUCCUACUGACAUCCUGCAGUAUCUACAAACAUCCUUAAGAACUUUCAGACAAACUACGGAACCAGCCGCACUCCAACAGAAAAACAACUGUUUCAACGUAAUCAGACAGAAUUGUACAGAACUUCCAGGGUUCCAUAGCUCCACAUGCAUCCUAUAGAGAGACUGCAACAUGUUCUAUUUAUCAGAACCUUCAGACAACCAACAGAACCUCUAGGAACCUAUCAAAACAUCCAUACUUCCAACAGAACCUUUAAAUGGAACUCUCAGCAAUCCAUACGAAUCUCCAGAACUGUCAUUCAACAGAACCAAUAGAACCAAUCCAGCAGAUUCUACAACAUCUAACAGCACAUUCUAUUGAUUCGCUAGUUGGUUAUCUAUGAGACUCUCCUCUGCACAUCCAGCUUCAUCGCACCCCCUCCAUUUAUCCACUACCGUACAGAGAUCGGACUGUGUUUAUGCAGUAAGACUGCUUUCAUACCAAUAUGUAUUAUUUUGGUGGGGAACUCCUGAGUAUAAAGAAGCAAUAUAGACUUUUAGCUUGGUAUUAGUAAUUUAUUUGUAAAUGUUAUUCUAUACAAGCAUUUAUAUGUGUGUAGUAUUUCUUCAUGACUACACAACCCUGGCCAUGACCCUACUCUCCGAUGGUGUCUCAGGGGGAGUGGGAUAUGCAAAAACACAUUUCCAAUUCACACGUGUAUAAUACACACGGGUACAUGUGUGAAAUAGGACAAAUGUAAUCACCCACCUAAUUCUUCUUCUUCGUGUUAUACAUGUCGUAGGAGGUCACGCAUUAUUAUAAACCAAGUCUCCGGUCAAAAUCAAAUCCACAACCGUCUGUCCGUGGAACAUUUCUUGACUUUAACAUGUAUAUACUGGAUUGUAAAACCAGCGAGCUUUGUUUUCUCUCCUUCUUCUUUACACUGGAGAACAUUACAUACUGGGACUGGGUUAAUGUAGAGAAUAUGUACACUCUUAGGAAAAAAAGGGUUCUUUGGCUGUCCCCAUAAGAGAACCCUUUGAAAACCCCUUUUGGGUUCCAUGUAGAACCCUGUGUGUAAAGGGAACCAUAUAGGGGUUUUCCUAUAAGGACAGCUGAAGAAGCGUUUUAUGUUCUAGAUAGCACCUUCUGUUAAGAGUGUAGAGUAUGAUUUAAUAGAUGCUUCACUUCUCAGUGCUUUAUUGGUUGACAGUCAUGUGCACAUAACUUCUGCUUAAUGAUCAAUGAUUACUCUCUGCUUUCAUUGUGGGAUGUAUUUUCAUUUGUAUUUAUUUAACUUGGCAAGUCAGUUAACAACAUAUUCUUAUUUACAAUGACGGCCUAGGAACAGUGGGUUAACUGCCUUGUUUAGGGGCAGAAUGACAGAUUUUUACCUUGUCAGCUCAGGUGAAUCGAUCUUGGAACCUUUCAGUUACUGGCCAAACCCUCUAACCACAAGGCUAACCUUCGCCCCCGGCUACCUGUCGCCCCCCCCCGACUACCUGUCACCCCCCCCGGCUACCUGUCGCCCUCCCCGGCUACCUGUCGCCCUCCCCGGCUACCUGUCGCCCCCCCCGGCUACCUGUCGCCCUCCCCGGCUACCUGUCGCCCUCCCCGGCUACCUGUCGCCCUCCCCGGCUACCUGUCGCCCCCCCGGCUACCUGUCGCCCUCCCCGGCUACCUGUCGCCCCCCCGGCUACCUGUCGCACCCCCGAAGAGAGAAGAUAGAUUGAGACACUGCUGUAGUGUCUGACAGAGAACGAAGAGGGAUGUACAGUAUACGAGUCAGUCAGUAGAACAGACCAACAGCUUGCUUGGUGGAAUAAUUGUCCUUAUUUCAGAAGUAGAUUUUUAGAAAGAGAACAGGAUGGUAGCGUGAAAUGAUUCAGUCACCACUGUAUAUUAUUGGCUUUUCAGUAGAAGACACCUAUCCCCAAAUCACCCUAUUGUCUGUAUAGUGGACUGCCUUUGAAAUGGUCGAUCCAUAUUUUGAAAGUCCCUUUUCCCCCAGAACAGAUACAGGUGAAAGACCAGCUAUAUAUUCUGUUGAUUCAUCUGGUUUACAGCUUAUACAGUAACUAAUUACCACUAAAGUUGUCCCCUUUCUAGGUUAUGCCAUCAUGGUUCGUUAGGUGAGUUUCACCGGUAUGCACAUUGGUUUCACCCAACAAAGCAUCUUGGUUUCACCCAACAAAGCACAUUGGUUUCACCCAACAAAGAGCCUUGGUUUCACCCAACAAAGCACCUUGGUUUCACCCAACAAAGCACCUUGGUUUCACCCAACAAAGCACAUUGGUUUCACCCAACAAAGCGCCUUGGUUUCACCCAACAAAGCACCUUGGUUUCACCCAACAAAGCACCUUGGUUUCACCCACAAAGCACCUUGGUUUCACCCAACAAAGCACCUUGGUUUCACCCAACAAAGCACCUUGGUUUCACCCAACAAAGCACCUUGGUUUCACCCAACAAAGCACCUUGUUUUCACCCAACAUAGCACCUUUCUAUCAACCAACAUAGCACCUUGAUAUCAACCAACAUAACACCUUUCUAUUAACCAACAUAGCACUAUCACUUUAUCAUAAGAUAUCCUUAUAGGUACCUUAAAGUCAAUUAUUGCCACGUAUUCUCCUAUUGGUAUUCAACAAAAGUCUUGAUUGACCCGAAUGUGUUUUAGGUCUUAAAUGGAAAAACAAGCACCAUGCUAAAUGUUAUGUUGAUUCUGUGUGGAUAUUAUAAAGCAUGUUUUUGUUCUACAUUUGCAAGAAAAAUCUGUCCCCUUACUGAGGGUAGUCUACAGUAUGGUCAUCUUUCAGGAAACACAAAGGCUAUUUUUUAGUGCCUGACUUCACAAAGGCCCUGUUUUAGUGCCCGACUUCACAAAGCACAAGUCUUUCAGACGGAAUCAUAGAAAAAUAUGUAUUUUCCAGAGGAUAUGAUAUGGAUUCCUGUACGGUAGCCUAAGGCUAAUAAUACAGACUAAUCAACUGACAUGAUCAACAUGUGAAAACUCUGUGUUGAUCUGCUGGUUUUGUGUUGUUAAUUGAUUAUGUCUGUCGGCAUAAGACCAUAGCAGUUAGUUGUAGUUACCUGGAAUAGCCUGGUGAAACGAUGUGCUUCAUUUACGCACUUUUAAACACUGUGCUUCCUUCAGGGUUACAGAGGUAUAUUCAGUGCAUAUCAUUUUCAAACCACUGACACGCAUACAGUGUAUAGCCUGAGUGCCAGUUUGUUUGUGCUAUCAUGCCAACUCCUUGUCACUCGUUGUUUGUCUGACAUUGACAGCAAGGACACAAACAGAUCUGGGACCAGGCUAACACAUACAAAGCAUUACAGAUUUACAGAACUGAGUCCAUUCUACCCAACAGCUCAAACAGCAGGCUGGUGAAAUAUUGACCAACAAGAAUUCACUUUAAUUACUGUAUCACUGCUCACACCGUACUUAUAUAGCAACUAGGCUGCAUCUGUUGUACUUGUAUUUAUAUAAAAUUACAUGAAUCUACAGCCCAAGCUGCUGAGUAGUGACACAGUAUCUGUUUGGUUUUACAAGUGUUUCAAAUUGUGUCCCGCAUUAAUUAAUUACAGUGUUUCAAUUCAUUAAAUAAUUCACCCAUUCAUAAGGUGUUAAUUGAUCAAUUAAGUAAAACAAUGAAAGCGCAUUUAAAAAGCUGUUUACUAUUUGUUUGUCUUCUUCCUGAAACAGUAUGUUGUUGUUGUUGUUGUUGUUAGUAAAUGUUUUUGUAGUGUAAUAUAUAAAAUGUUAUAUUUUUGCAAUAAAAUGAGAACAUCAACUCUU